AAUCAUUUUGGUGAUAACUGAUAAGCGUUCACUUUUCCAUCUUUACGAUUUCUUUGAUCUGCAUUCUACCACAGAAUAUACCUCAGAUUCUAUGAUGUGCUAAAUAGUGUUCACUUAUAUUACAGUACAAAUUAAUGUAGGUAUUAAGGCCUUUGUGUUCUCAACUCUUCUUUAUUCAUUUGUUUUAUUUUAAUAAAUGUUUUAACUUUGAAGAAAAUUAAUUAGUUUCUCUUUGAUGUCUCCUAGACAAAAUAUAUGUAAAAACGUUGUUUAUAAAUCGUGUAUGAGUAUUUUUUACUAAUAAGUAAUAAUCAAUGACCACAGUAAAACUCAGUAAUUGGGUAUCAUUCAAUUUCAACAUCCGACACUGUCAACUACUAUUAAUAUUCAUAAAUAGCCAGUAAUUCUCUGACAUAUAUCUCUUGUUGUGAAGCGAAAUACCGGAUUCUAAAAAAAAAAAAAUUUAAAUGAAGAUUAUAGAAAUACUAAAAUUGAAACAACAUAUUAUUCUGAGUUGUAUUGUCUGUUAAAAAAACAGUGAUUUAUCAAUGCAAACAUUUAACUAGUUAGUGAUAAAAUGUCUUCUAGUAGUUCUCCUAUGGAUUAUCAAAAACCUGUGAAAGUUAAAUCUCGAUGGACACAAUCUUGCCAGAUGGAAAUGAUGAUGGAAGAGUCACAAUCUUCAUUAGAUAUGUCUGAUACUAUUACAGAUGUUUCAACUAGUGAUUUCAAUGAUAUUAUUAAUUGUGAACCUGAACUGAAUGUCAUAGAAUUAAGAAGAUCUUGUAGGACUAGUGGUAACAAAACUGAUUAUAGACAAUUAAAUGGACUGAAAACUGUUAAAAAAAAAAAAUGUAUGACUUUUAAAGCUGCUAAGAAAAGAGGUCGUAAAAAAGAACAACUAUUAAGUACUACUGAAAAUUAUAAAGAGGAUAAAGCCCAAAAGUCAAAUAGUAUUAUACAACAUUCAAUAGAUUGGAAUAAUAUUAAAAAUAUUCAAUCAAAAAAAUAUUCAAAGAGUGCUGACAAUAUUAAUGAAAUUAUUGAAAACUGUCCAUCAAAACCAAAAAUUCGCCGAGCUUCCUUAUCUUGGAAGUUCAAAUAUACAAAUGAAGUAGAAAGUAAAAUUUGUAUACUAGAAAAAUGCAUUAAUUAUAAUCUUUCUAAUGAAAUAAUGCAUUUAAAUUUAAAAGAUACUUUAUUAAAAAAAUCAUAUUUGUCUACUGAUAACCAACAGCUAAAUAAAAACAAUAAAUUGGAUAAUGAAGAAAAUAAGACAAAUAAAAAUACGGGUAAAAAUAUUUCUACAAUAACUUAUACAGAUGUUGAUCUUGUUAAUUCAAAACAUUUUGAAAAAUGUGAUGAAGAAUCAAAUAUAACUGUAAUUAAUAAAAUAUCUUCAGUAAAUCUAGAAGAACAAAAACAAUUAGAUAAAUUAAAUAAAUAUAUGAAUCAAUCAGAUGAAAAUAAAACUUUUCAAUCCAAUAAUUUGCUGGUACCUAAACCCUUAUCAUCUAAUUUGGAUCAUGUAAGGUACAAUCCUAGGAAUAAAUUUAGAAGUAUUCGUUCUAAAAGUUUAGAUAACUUCCAGAUCAAAACUAAUAGUAUUUUUAAACGUUCUAAAAGUUUUGAUGAUAUGAAUAUAUUAAAAUAUUCUGUUUUUGAUCAUUUAAAGCUGAAAAAACGACAAACAAAGUCACCCAAAAAAAAUAGGAGACAAUCAAAAAGAAUUAAACCUAAGAGUAAGAAUAUGGAAAUACUUGAUGAUAUGAAAGUUCCACAAGUUAAUUAUGAUCAAGUAGCAGACGAAAUGUAUAAAGAAUAUCAAAAUCAAUUACUUGAAGCUCGGAUCAAUGAUAAAGAAUUUGAUCAAAAAUUAAAAAAUACCAAUUUCACUUUAGUUAAUGAAAAUAUAUAUAGACCUAACAGGCAAGCUUUAAAAUUAUAUCCACCUUCUGAGAUCUCUGCUCUACGUACACUAAAGCAAAGAGUAAUAUCUGGAGAUAUAAAUGAUUAUUGUGAGUGCACAUUAUCUAAAGAAGAUAUACUUGAGGGAAUUACUGGUUGUGAUGACAGAUGUCUUAAUCGAUUACUUAAAGUUGAAUGUGGAUCUGGUUGUUCUCUUAAGCGAUAUUGUACUAACAAACAAUUUCAAAAUAAACAAUUCAAAAAAACAAAAAUUAUUAAAACAGAAAAUAAAGGUUAUGGAAUCUGUGCUGUUGAAGAUAUUCCUAAAGGUGUUUUGAUUAAUGAAUAUGUUGGUGAGGUUAUUGAUUAUAAAGAAAUGUGUAAUCGUCUAAGAAAAAAAGAGUAUGCAAAUCUAAAUUAUUUAGUCCAAUUAAAUUCUGAUGAAAUUAUUGAUUCAACUUCAAAAGGAAACUUAACUAGAUUUAUUAACCAUAGUUGUGAUCCAAAUUCAGUUGGUGAAAAGUGGCAUGUUUUGGGACAGUCUCGUAUUGGAUUCUUUAGCACUCGAUAUAUAAAGAAAGGUGAAGAAAUCACAUUUGAUUAUAGUUUUCAAAUAUUUGGAGAUGGUGCUCAAGUAUGUUAUUGCGGUUCAUCAAAAUGUCGAGGAUUUAUUAGUAAAGCAACACCAAUUACUAGUCUAAGUAAUUCAGAAGAUAGUGAAGACGCUACAGAAGAUAGUGCAUCUGGAGAGAAUCAGAAAAAAAAAAGAAUUCUAAAUAAAAGGACUGUUUACAACAAUGAAAAUAAAUUAAGAGAGUUAGGUAGACAACUAACAGAAAUUGCUAAAUUAAAAACUGGAUUAAAAGCUGAUCAAGAAAUGGCAACACUGAAUUUAAAUAGACUUAUGGUACAUAUUACAGACAGUGUUAGUCGUUUACAUGUCUUAACAUUUAUUCGAGAACAUGAUAUGAACAAACGUUUAUUUAUGGACUUCAGUGGACUGAGUAUUAUUCACAAUUGGAUGACUUCAAAUGAAAAUGAAUCAUUUAAGCUAAUGAUUUUAGAAAUUCUUGCUGAAUUACCUAUUACAAAUAGAAACACCAUUACAAAAUCUAAAGUUAUAGAUGUUGUUGCUGAGUGGGCAGAUAUUUCUCAAGAUGUCAGAACUAAAAUUGAAAGAUUAGAUUAUCCAGUUAUAGAACUACAUAAGCAUAUUCAAGAAAUAGACAACUUACUACCAACCAAUAAUAAUAGUGAAACAAUAAAUGUUUUGGUAGAAAAAUCUAGAGCGUUGUGGAAAAAGUGGAUUGUAUUGAAAAUGAUAUUUAAAAUCCCCAAAAAAACAGAUCAGCAUAAACCAAUUGAAGAAAUUAAUUUAAACAAAAAUAACAUAGAUUCAUGCUCGUAUAUGGAUAUAUCGGUUAUAGAUCGAAAAACAUUUCAAGUUUCAAAUAAAUAUUCAAAUAAAUUGCGAAAUCAGCAAACUGUAUCAUUUGAACGUAUGAAAUUACGAAAAGAAUAUGAACAAAAAAUAGAGCAAAACCGGAAAAAUGUAUUUAGAAAACAAGUGAUGUAUGAUUGGUUUGAGAACCUUGAAGGAGUGAUGACAAAAAAACCAGAACAACAUUUCUUAUCACAUCAGAAAACAUUGAAUCCUAAAAGCCAAAAUUCAACAGUCAAUAUGCAAAUUCCUUGUUUAAAUUCUAUGCCGCCUCAACAACCAUUAGUUCAAUUUCCACAGUUAGAUUCUUAUUCACAAUUACGAGUAAUUCCCAAGUAUCAUUUAGGUAAUCAACAAACAUUUUUUAACACUCCAUCAUCACUCCCUAAUAAUCCGUAUAAAUUACCUCUUAAGUCAGCCAUAUUACCUAACAGUACACCUGAUCAUCAAGAUUUAAAAAAACCUGAUAGUUCUCCUAAAACAUGUCUAUUGAAAUCAGCUGAGUCCAAUGUCUUCAAUUUGAUCAAUGAGAGUUUACUCAAGCAUUACAAUUAUAAUAAAAAUCUAAAAAUGAAUACAGAAAUUGAACAUUCUAAAAAUUUAUGUCCAAGAGCUGUUCAGUCUGGUAUAGAUUUAUUAGCUAGAAUUAAAAUUAUUAGUAAUUCUUUUAAAAACCAACCUUCAAAAUUAAUUAAAAUUAAGACUUUGAAACAAAAAAAUGAUAAAACAAAAUUAAAAAAUAUACCCAUAUCGGAAACUCGGUUGCAAACUGUUUGUAAUAAAAAUAGAAGAAUUACUUUUAUCAAUGAACAAACAGGUGUAACUUCUAAUACUUUAAGUGAAGAUUUGAUGCCGACCCCUAAGACUAUUCCUUUAUCUGGAAAAAAUAAAUUUGCUAAAGCCAUAUUCACUUCUUUAUUAAAAAAGUCAAAGCUUGAAAAAGAAAAUUUAGUACCACGUAAGUUUGUCUCAACUAAUCUUACCAAUUCUGAAGUAAUUACUUGUAAUGAAACUGACAAAGAAAUUGAAUUGUAUAAAAAUAUGAGACCCAAAAUAAUUAAAAAAGUAGUCUCGCAUGUAAAAGUAAAAAAUGGUGUUGUGCCUGUUAUUAAACGACAAUGGGGAUUUAAACUGAAAGGUUUAAAAGGAAAUCAUGACAAAAUACCAGCUACAAAACGUAAUAUAAUGCGAAAGGGUAGUAUACAUAAAUUAGCAUUAAAAAAUGGUGUCGCCAUUACAACAAAAUCAGCUCUAAAAAGACGAAAUGGUAUUAAUGUUGAUGGUCAUUUAAGAAAACCUAAAGAGAAAAGAGUUACAUUCAUGAUUGAAGGUGAAACAUCACCUAUUUCCCCGAAAUCAGAAGUACGUCCUAUCAAUUUGAACCAAAACACAAUAAAGCAAAAGCCAUUUAUGAAAUGCCAUCCAUUUGAAAUACGCAAUGAAGCCAAAUCUAUCCUUCAGCCAUCCACAUCUACUGUUCAAGGUAAUAAUUUUCAAUUCCCUCAAAUUGAACAGUUAUUUGAAACAACAGAUAAUAAAAUUAUUACGCCUAUUGUUACAAAAUUCAAAGCAUCAAGACAUAAACACACCUGUAAUAAAAAAAAAUCAACUGAAUUAAAGAAAUUGCUAAGUCAGAGAAAGCAUAUGAUACCUAAAAGCAUGAUGUCUUUAUCUAUAGAUGUAUUAAAACUUAUUCCUGACAAUGGAAAAGAAGUGAAGAAAGUAGUUGAUUAUUAUCAUUCAAUGGCCACUGUUAUAGUUAAGACCUUAGGAUCAUAUGCCAAAACAACUUGUCAACAAGCACGUAUAAGAAAUAAUGAAGAUUUUAAGUUCCUUGCCAAAAAGUUAAAUUCAAAUGUAUUAUUAAAAGAAUUACAGUGCAAAAGACCGGAUAAAUUAAAAAUAAAUAAUAUCACUAAGGAGAAAGUGUCAGAAUAUAUUAAAAAAUAUAUGUCAAGGUAUGGCGAAGUUUACCCGAUUAUACAUUGAUCAAACUGAUCGCUAUGAAACUAAAUAAGUUAUACAACUAAUGAAACAUUACAAACAUUUUUUUUAUUUUUAUUAACUAUUAUUCUUGUGAUUUCUGAAAUUACAUAUUCUUUUCCUUAAAAAUUCCUGUUUGUUUAUUAUUAUUAUAUUAAAAUUUUUUUGAA